UCACGCCUGCCAGAUACUUUUCACUAAGGAAAGGGGAAGUAGAUCAUACUGAAUAACGUUUCCAUUUCCUCAUGCCGGUUAUUCCCAGAAUGCACAGGUAUAAAUAUCUGAGGUGAGAGGAUGGAGGCAGGUAAAUCAGAGCAGAUCCAGCAGCAGCAGCAGACACACAGAACACAGAGAGACAGGAUGGACAUCAAGCAGAUCCUCCUCUUUGGGCUCCUCUUUGGGCUCGUGGCCUCCGGCUGGUCUCUGAGGAGCAACCGCUGCCUCCCUGAACAGGAUCUGAAGGAUGCAGCGGAGAGGGAGCUGAGGAGCCACUUCCAGGAGCCCCCACAGAACCAGAAACCACUGGGCCCCUCGUACUCCUGCCCCGUGGAGAUGUUCACGCAGCAGCCCCCCACACACCUGAAGGACAGGUCUCUGUCCCCCUGGGGAUACGUGCGUGAAACGAUGGAAGAUCACUUUCCCUCCACCUAUACCAGGGCUCUGUGUCUGUGCACUGGAUGUGUGCUGAUCCAGAACUCAAAGUUGGUGGAGAGCCACGACUACAACUCAGCACUUGUAGUACAGAGCAUGGUGUUUCUGAAGAAGGAGCUCUGCAGGGACAAGGAGAAGUACCGCUUGAAGCCUGUCAGAGUGGAGGUGGCUGUGGGCUGCACCUGCACCAGAGCCAACAGCACCCCCUAGGGAUCUAGCAGAGCAGCCGACACCACAGUGCAUGUUGUGUUUGUUUUAAAAUGCAACCAGUUAUAGAGGGUCAGACUCAGGGUGAUGAGAGGGAACAUCUCCAGCGGCUCUCUGACCAAUCACUGCUGAGGCUUCAAAAAUCAAAAGUCACACCCGCCUGUACGUAUAGGUAUAUUUAUUGUCAUUAUGUCUGACAUAUGAUGCAUCUAAAAUGUUUUCUGUAGGUCUAUUAGAUUUGAUCCUGACUUGUUUAAAGCUCUGCCUAGUGCAGCUUAUGUAAAUAAAAUAUACUACAUAAUGUACUUAUUUUCAUAUUGAUGGGCUUGUCAUCACAUUUGUUUGCUAUUGUAUAGUUUUGCAAUUUAAUAAUUUAAAUAAUAAUAUUUAUAACUAUCUAUUUAUUGGGUUUGUUUUGCAUGUGAAACAUUUGAGUUUAUGAAUAUUUUGAAUGCUCACUGCGUUAUUGAGUGGAUGAGGUGAACUUUAUAUUUAUUGAU